AUGUCGUCUCACUCUGUCUCAAAGAUUUUCGUCGUUGGCGGAACCGGAGCCCAGGGGCUACCUGUGGUGCGCGGCCUCGUCUCCGACGGCAAGUACUUCUGCCGAAUCCUGACACGAGACUCCAAGUCACCGCGUGCCAAAGACUUGCUUGCAUUGGGAAAUGUCGAACUCUUUGAGGGCUCAUUUAUGAGCGAAGAAGAUAUGACAAGCGGCUACCGUGGUUGCGAUAGCGCCUAUAUCAACAUCGAUGGCUUCAAUACUGGCGAGAAAACCGAGACCUACUGGGCCAUGCGGGCAUACGAACUUGCUGUCGAGGAUGGAGGAAUUAAUUUUUUCGUCUACGGGAACCUGGACUUUGUCUACAAGAAAUCCGGCUACAACCCGAUCUUUCGGACGGGCCACUACGAUGGGAAGGGUCGUGUUGGCGAUUGGCUGCUGGCGGAGCAUGAAAGCAACAGGAGAAACCUUCCAGGUUCCUAUAAGAUGGCAGUUGCCGUGUUCACCACGGGUCCGUACAUCGAAAUGACUAUCGCUCGCGGUGGCCCCAUGUCGCCGGCAAUUAUGACAGACGAUGAUGGAGAAAAGGUGGACGUCUGGCGCGCCCCGCUCGGUGAGGGAGCGGUGGCCCAUGUCGCUCUGGAUGACUGUGCACAUUACGCCCGCUGGAUUUUCGAUGAUCCGGCCCGGUCCAACGGAACUAAUCUCGAGGUUGCCAUGGAUCAUGUUCACUAUGCUGAUCUCGCAAAGGCAUUUGAGAAAGUUACAGGCCACCGCGCACGAUAUGUUGACACCCCGAUGGAGGAAUACUGGAAAUCUGGUCCCAUGUCUGCUUAUGCAGACCAGGUUGCCGGAUAUAGUGCGGAUCGUAACGACCCUGCAUCGAUGACGGUCAAACAGAAUUUCACUGGUUUCUGGAAUAUGUGGCGUCACUCGGGAAAUAAUCAGGGAGUCAUCCGUCGAAAUUACGCUUUCUUGGAUCAGAUUCACCCCAGUCGUAUCCGAAAUGUCGAAGAAUAUUUCCGGCGAGAAGAUGAAGAGGGCAGAAAUGCUGGCAAAGGAUCGCUGUGGGAACGGGUGCAGCCGGAGAACAUUUCACCCAUCUUGAAGGUCCAUAUGGACGCGAAACGGGCGGUUUCUGACUAA